AGUGGUUCUUGUGUCGUUAACAAAUGCAGUUAGUGAUCUGUGUAUCAUUAACAGGUACAGUAAGUGUGAUGAAUUCAUCUCUCAGCUGAAGGAAGGAAGACUUCAGUGCCAGCCCGGCUGCACCUCAGAGGAGACACUGGAGCAACUCAUCCUCAUGGAACUCAGUACCAUCCGUGACAAGGCUGGUAAAGCCUGUGUUAUGGAGCUUCACAAGACCAAUGCUGCACUCAACAUGGCUAUAUCUGGCUCCAAGGGUUCCUUCAUUAAUAUCUCCCAAAUGAUUGCAUGUGUGGGCCAGCAGGCCAUCAGUGGAAAGAGAGCUCCAAAUGAUUUUGAAGACCGUUCACUGCCUCAUUUUGAAAGGCACUCCAAGAUUCCCGCUGCGAAGGGUUUUGUAAGUAACAGUUUUUUCUCGGGCAUAACACCGACAGAGUUUGUGUUUCAUGCCAUGGCUGGUCGAGAAGGUUUGGUCGACACGGCAGUCAAAACCUCCGAGACUGGUUACAUGCAGCGUCGUCUGGUCAAGUUGCUGGAGGACUUGUAUGUAGCGUACGACAUGACUGUUCGCAAUUCAGCUCAGGAUAUUAUUCAGAUUAGGUAUGGUGGUGAUGGACUGGAUCCAACACAGCUGGAAGGCAGCACUGGACCAGUGGACCUGCAGCGUGUGCUGGACCACAUCCGUGCCAAGGACCUGGUCCAGGAGGAAGAACCUCUCUCUGGCGGCCAGAUCCUUCAACUUACUGAGCAAUACCUGGCUGAGGAUGCUUUUAAGGUGUUUUCAGAGGAGUUUAAGAAGGAUCUGAUGUCUUUCACCAAGAACCUCUCCAAGAAAGUUGAUAAGGUAUAUAAUACACUUUUAAUACCCUCUAGGAACACUACCUUGAUUGUUAGCACCCUGCAAGAACACUACCUUUAUUGUUAGCACCCUUCAAGAACACUACCUUGAUUGUUAAUACACUCCAAGAACACUACCUUGAUUGUUACCACCCUCCAAGAAUACUACCUUGAUUGUUAGUACCCUCCAAGAACACUGCCUUGAUUGUUAGCACCCUUCAAGAACACUACCUUGAUUGUUAAUACCCUCCAAGAACACUACAUUCAUUGUUAGUACCCUCCAAGAACACUACCUUCAUUGUUAAUACCCUCCAAGAACACUACCUUAAUUGUUAAUACCUUGAUAUUAACCUUGGCCUACCAGAUGAUCAGCCUGUAACUGAUUUCAUCAACAAUAUGAACAACACACUUCUCAUGCCAACAAUACC